CUACUAUGGCCAAGAACAAGGGCAAGAGUGCUCCCAAAAGCGCGCCACGCAAGACCUCUGAUGGCAGUGCCAAGCCGGCGCGGUCGGGCAUCAGCGACGAGCUGCGGCAGGCGGUGGCGGACCUCGGGGGCGACGAUGAGGACCUCCAGCUUAUUGCCGGAGUGGACAUUGACGACGGCGACGAGGUGAUCGCGGCCAAGGGGCAAGCUAUGGACGAGGGUGAUCUUCGGAAAGCGCUGGGCGACUUUAUGAAGGGGCUCGACUUCGGGAGCGCCGGUGCGCCCAAGGCUGCCGAGGAGGAGGCGGAGAAGGAAAGCGAUGAAGAGGCGGAGGAGGAAAGCGAGGACGAGGAAACGGACGAGGAAGAGGAGGCAGGGGAGGGAGAGGAAGAGUCUGGGGAGGAGGAGUCCGAAGGCGCGGACAGUGAGGAGCACAGUGAAGACGAUGAGGAGGAGGAGGACAGCGACGAGGACGAGGAGGAGGCCAAGGAGGCGCCUAAGCCGGAGGCCAAAGCUGCACCAGAACCAAAGCCUAAGGCUGUAUUUCACCGAGUCGACCCAGAGCCAACCAGCGGAAGGAACGUGCCAGCCGAGCCGAACUGGGCGGACGUGGUGCCGGAGCUCGCGACGCCCAAGAAGCCGCUAGGCCGUGUUGCGCCCGAGAAGCUGAACAACUACCGGCAGCGCGGUGAGCGGCUGCUCUCGGAGCUGCCCAAGCCGCAGCGCGCGGGCAGCAGCAGCGACGCGGCAUUCAUCUCGCAGAUCUUGUCGAGCGGUACCCACCAGGACAAGCUGUCCGCGCUGGUGCUGAUUGUGCGCGAGAGUCCCAUGCACGCGGUGUCGGAGCUCGAACGCCUUCGCAGCAUGGCGGGGUGGCGUGACGGCGCGCCGGGCGGCGGCGCGCGUGACCUUCGCCUUGCGUCGGUGCGCGCGCUCGCGGACUGGUGGGUCACCGGAGGCGGCAAGGCUUCCGGCAAGCUCAAAUACUUCGCCGACCAGCCGCUGCUCGCGCACCCCGACGUCACGGAUCGCCACCUGCUGGUGUACACAUUUGAGGACUUCCUAAAGAAGUGGUACUUCAACCUGCUCCAGAUCCUCGAGGCCCUCACACACGACCAGCUGCCAUACGUGCGGAUGAAGGCGCUCGACGUUGUCUUCCAACUACUCUCCGGAAACGCGGAGCAGGAGCAGAACUUGCUGCGCCUCGGCGUCAACAAGCUCGGCGACAGCGACCGCGCCGUCGCGUCCAAGGCGAGCUACCACCUCCUGCAGCUCCUGCAGGUGCACCCGGCGAUGAAGGCGGUUGUGGCGCGCGAGGUGUCUGCUCUCGUCCUCAAGACGUCGUUGACUGGCCCAGCGGGAGCGGCUGCCUCGGGCGCGCACAUGCGCUUCGACGAUGACGAGCCCAAGAAGGAGGAGAAGAAGGACGCCAACGAGCACGGGCGCUACUACGGCCUCAUUACGCUCAACCAGAUGACGCUUACGAGCAAGGACAACGACGUUGCGGGCCGUCUGGUCGAGGUGUAUUUUGAGGUGUUCCGCGAAAUCCUCGGCGACGAGGAGAAGCGGGGCGAGACAGUCGACGAGGACGAGGCGCGCGAAAAGGUCACGGGCAAGGUCGGCAAGUGGCAGGGCCGCCGGAAGGGCGCCAAGGGCAAGUCCAAGGGGCGCAAGGAGGAGGAGGAGCUCGUCGAGUCUGGUGCGGCGAAGCUCAUCGCCGCCGUGCUUACGGGUAUUAAUCGCGCGCUGCCGUUCGCCAAGCUCGACGAGGCGCUCUUCUCGGGAUACAUGGAGACGUUGUUCAAGAUCUGCCACGCCGGCACAUUCAACACAUCGAUCCAGGCGCUCCAGCUCAUCUUCCAGGUGUCGCGGUCGCGCCAGACGAUCAGCGACCGCUUCUACCGCACUCUGUACGAGUCGCUGUUCGACGCCCGCCUCCUCAUGUCCUCCAAGCAGGCCAUGUACCUCAACCUCCUGUUCAAGGCGCUCAAGGCGGACACGUCGCUUCCGCGCGUCAUGGCCUUCGUCAAGCGUCUCUUGCAGAUGCUCACGCUCCACCAGCCCCCGUUCAUCUGCGGCGCGCUGUACCUCCUCGGCGAGCUGUUCAACAGCACGCCGGGGUUGCGGCGCAUGCUCAUCGAGCCCGAGGACGACGGGGAGGAGCACUUCGUCGACGCCGACAGCGGCAAGAAGGCCAACACGGAGACCAAGCCAUCCUCCGGGCCAGUGUACGACGGCAAGAAGCGCGAGCCGCAGUACGCGCACGCGGACACGAGCUGCCUCUGGGAGCUCAUGCCCUUCACCACGCACUUCCACCCUUCGGUGGCGCUGCAGGCCAACCAACUGCUCAUGGGCGAGCAGCUGACGGGCUCGCCCGACAUUUCGCUCAACACGCUCAUCUCGUUCCUCGACAAGUUCGUCUACCGCAACCCGAAGAAGGCGGCCGCGGCCAAGGGCGCGAGCAUCAUGCAGCCCGCCGCCGUGUCGGACCACACGGGCACCGUCAUCCGCAUGCGCGGUGCGCGCGCCGGCGGCGACGCCGUCAACUCGGAGGCCUUCUGGCGCAAGAAGGUCGAAGACGUGCCUGUCGACCAGCUGUUCUUCCACAAGUUCUUCUCGGCCAAGCUCGCGCGCAAGGAGGCGAGCAAGAAGAAGCGUGGUGCGGACGAGGAGGACGACGAAGAUGAGGACAUGAGCGAGAACGAGUUCCCGGAGAGCCUCGGCGGGUCGGACGACGAGGCAGGGGACGAGCGGGACGAGGGCGAGGACAGCGACCCGGACGAGGCCGAGAUCUGGAAGGCCAUGCAGAACUCGAUGCCGGAUGCUGGCGACGACAUGGGCAUCUCGGACGACUCGGACGACGACGUCGACUACUCAGAUGACGAGGGCGAGGCGGAGGGUGGAGAAGUGGAAGAAGGGGAAGGGAGCGGGGAGGACGAGGACGAGGAUGAGGAUGAGGACGAGGAGAUGGACUCGGGCGACGACGCGGGCGACCGCGACGAGGUGUCGGACGAGGACGACUUCCCGUCCUUCGACGACGACGAGGACGAUCUCCUGCCGUUCGACGAGAUGCCGAACGAGGUGCUCAAUGCCGACAGCGACGACGAAGAGGAGGAGGACCCGGCAGCAGGCGCUAAGCGCAAGCGCCGCGAGGAGCGCAAGGAACGGCGCAAGAAGCGCAAGGAGAUGCCGGCGUUUGCGAGCUACGAGGACUACGCCAAGCUCAUCGAGGCGGACAGCGAGUAGGGGUUAUAGAUGC